AUGGAAAACAAAGAUUAAAUAUAAAAGAAUAUAAAUUUUGUUUGGAAAGAGUUUUAAGAAUAGCAGAGAGGCAUUAAGCAGGUAUAAACAAAAUUAAACUAAAAAGAAAAGUUAAAUUAAAAUUAAAAAAGAAAAGAAAAAGAAAUUAAAAUGUCUGAAGAAGAAAAUUUCGAACAAGGUGAAUCCGGCUCUUCCCACACCUACCCCAUGCAAGCCGGUAACGUUAAGAAGAACGCUUACGCCAUGCUUAGAGGUUUCCCUUGCAAGGUCGUCGAAAUGACCACCUCCAAGGCCGGUAAGCACGGUCACGCUAAGGCCACCAUCGUCGGUGUCGAUAUUUUCACCGGUAAGAAGUACGAAGAUUCUUGCCCCACCUCCCACAAUAUGGAAAUUCCCUUCGUCAAGAAGAACGAAUACUAAUUGAUCGAUAUCGCUGAUGACGGUUACGUUACCCUCUUACUCGAUAACGGUGAAACCAAGGAAGACCUUAAGCUCCCUGAAGACGAACCCGAAUUAGUUGAAAAGUUAAGAGCUGACUUCUCUGCUGAAAAGGAUAUCCUCGUCUCUGUCAUCUCUGCUAUGGGUCAAGAAAAGAUCAUCUCCUACAGAGAAACCAGUGGUGCUAAGUCUUGA